UCUUUAAAAAAUUAAAAUAAAUCUAAUUUCCUACGCCCAAUUGCGCAAACAUCAAUUAAACCCCUAAAACCCUGUGCUCGGGCUCUGUUUGGAGACUUACAAAUUUAAAAGAGAAAAUUCGUUCAAUGACGGAAAAUCCCAAGGAUUCUCUUGAAACCCACUCUGAAACUCCCACAAGGCCUUCAAAGAUCCAGAAAAUCGAAGAAUUUAGUAUCGAAGACGAAGAAGAUCAAUCACAACAACAAGGACCGGAGGAAUCAGGCACUGCUGCCAACCCCAUGAGCCAAAACCCCAGAAUUCAGCGUUAUUUUGUCGCUAUAGAGUACAUUGGCUCUCGCUUCUCCGGCUCACAGCAGCAGCUCAACUGCAGAACUGUAGUUGGAGUGCUCCAGGAGGCUUUUCAAAAAUUUAUUGGCCAGCCGGUUUCAAUCUUCUGCUCCAGUAGGACUGAUGCUGGAGUACAUGCCUUAUCAAAUGUUUGCCAUGUUGAUGUGGAACGUAUAAGCAAGAGGAAGCCUGGUGAAGUUUUACCGCCUCAUGAACCUGCAGUGGUGAGAAAAGCUGUCAACCAUUUCUUACAGAAGAAUGAAGGAGACAUAAUGGUGGUUGAUGUCCGUUAUGUGCCAUCUGAUUUUCAUGCAAGAUAUAAAGCAAAAGAGCGCACGUACUUCUACCGCUUGCUAUCAGGACCAGAUAGUUUGUCUACCUUCGAGAAAGAUCGGGCAUGGCAUGUACCUGAGGAAUUAAACCUUCUUGCCAUGCAGGAAGCAUGCAAAGUUCUUGUUGGAUGCCAUGAUUUUAGUUCCUUCAGGGCAGCUGGUUGUCAGGCAAGUUCACCGAUCAGGACUCUAGAUGAACUGCAUGUUUCGGAGGUUCCUCCAACACCAUAUUUUCCAUCAACGCUUGAAAGAGAACAGGAGAGGCAACAAAACAGUUUAAGCAGGGAAGAUUCUCUUGCAUGCUCGACGGUGUCUGAGACUGACCUGCGUAUUAGUUCUGUUUCCAACAGUUGUGCUGUUGGCCUAUCCACUGGAGGAACUAAUGUGGGAUUUGGAGUAAGAAGAAAACAUCGUUGCUAUGUUGUAACAGCACGUUCCCGCUCCUUCCUUUACCACCAGGUUAGAUUGCUUGUUGGCGUUCUCAAAUCUGUUGGCACCGGUGAUUUAACUGUUUCUGAUGUUGAAAGAAUCCUGAAUGCAAAGACUGUGACCACUGCAAGUCCAAUGGCCCCAGCUUGCGGUCUCUACCUUGGCCAAGUGAAAUAUGAUCUGCCGUGAGUGAAGACCAUUUGCAGUUUUUAAAAAAAUGUGUCUUAAACCUCUGUCCGGACUGGAGAAAGGGUCUAUCAACGUGUGGGACUUGGGCUAUAUUUGGUGCAAGUGUUUAUGACCUCUGGGAGGGGGGAGGGUUUAGGAAGUUGGGGAAACAUUUUUCGAGUGAUAUACAACCUUGAACAUUUCUCCAAGGCCGAAGUGGAUUUUUUUUGUGUUUCUUGUAUUCUAAAAUUCACAAGCCAAGCAUAACAUUAAUUUGAUUAGGCACAAUUUCUAAUCAGUUCACAAAUGGUUGGAAUUUGUGAUUAUUUAUAUUAAUUGAUAAACAAUUUGUGACA